AAUGAAUUUUUUUUUUAGUUCUUCACUUCUCUCCGAAGAGAGCGAAAAUGCAUCCCCACGCUCUUUGCAACAUCAGUGCUUCAGUAUUUACUAUUGCAGUCGUGUUCGGAGUUCAUCUUUUAAUAUGUAUUUCGUUUGCGAAUUGUAUUGUAGUGGAUACAAUAUUGGGACCGUUUCGCGGUCAUCAAUAUAAAUCGCAUUCUACUUCAAUUUAUAUUUUUAAAAAUAUUCCUUACGCUAAACAGCCAGUUGGAGAGUUGAGAUUCCAGCUACCUCUCGAAUCUGAAUCUACGAAAUCUGAAAUUGAUCUGAAUAAUACACAGCCGGUCUAUUGCCCUCAAGUUUCAUCAUCUUACAUCAAAAGUUCCGGGCAUGGAGUGGUGGGUCAAGAAGACUGCUUAUUUUUAGACAUUUAUCACCGAAAAGAAAAAUCUGAAGAAAAACUGCCAGUACUUAUAUACUUUCAUCCUGGACGAUUUUCUUAUGGUAGCAAAGAAGAAUACAGAGCAGAUUUCCUGUUGAAAUACAACGAUAUGAUUGUAGUUAUACCUAACUAUAGGUUAGGCAUACUUGGUUUCUUAAGCAACCAAGAAUCUUCAAUGCCUGGAAAUUUAGGUUUAUGGGACCAAAGAAUGGCAAUGAAAUGGGUAUAUCAAAACAUCAUAUAUUUUGGAGGAGAUCCACAAAAAAUCACUAUUGCAGGUCACGAUGCUGGAGGAGCAUCAGUCGGAUUUCACAUUUUAUCUCCGCUUUCACACAGUUACUUUAAUGCAGCAAUAUCAGGCAGUGGAACAGCCUUAGAUCCAUGGGUCAUGAGUCAUUUACCUAAAAAUGCUGCAGUUGUGGCUACCAGUUUGAGAUGUCCAACGAACUACACAGAAAACAUGAUUUCUUGUUUGAAGAUGAGCCAACUGAAUGAUAUUUUGGAAGUUCAAAUGAAAUUAGACAAGGUUAUGUUUCGACCAACUGUAGAUAAGGAUGCAGAAUUACCCUUUUUACCUUAUCCUCCCCAAACGUUGUACUCAUUAGGUUAUCAAAAGAAUGUUAGUUUUAUUGCAGGAGUUACACAAAGGGAAGCCUUUGCUGAAGUUUCUAGUGAGUUUCCAACUGCUGUGAAAACCCAGCAUUUGGAUAAAAUCAUUCAGCAUCUUUUACAACCAUAUCUUCAGGACACAUCUUAUUUCCCCUUCAUAAUAAAAGCGGCAAAAUAUCAUUAUCUCAGAGGAGUUCAUGUCCCCACAUUUGAAUCCAUACAGCCACAAAUGGUACAAAUGAUGUCAGACUUUUUAUAUAAUAGUCCUCUACAGACUACCUUAAAAUGGCAUAGUAAAAAAUCAUCGAGUACGUUUAUGUAUGUUUUAAAUUACGAAGAUGAAGAUAGUGACUUAGAAGAUAUACUUAGUUCUGAAGAUGAAAUCAAAAACUUAGAUGAUCUUCAUACAGGGGAUGCAAGUUUUGUAUUCAAUAUUUCAUUUUUUAAUGAAAACAACUCUCACACUCCUAAAGCGAAUCAUGUUAAAAAAUUGCUCUGUAAUAUUUGGGGUAAUUUUAUAAAAGAAAGAUCUCCGUCAGUCCCAAAUUGGAAAAAAUUUACUGAGAAGCAUAAGAACUACGUGGAAAUUUCUACAACAAUUGGCGCAAAAAUAAAUUACAGACAGAAUGACAUGGAACUUUGGACGGUUUUGGUGCCAGAUCUCCAAAAUAUUCAAAAUAUUAGCAUCACUAUAGAGGAGGAAAGUCAAGAAUUUUAUGAAGAUACAGAUACUUUAAGUUAUGGAGUAGCAGGUCUUGCCAUUAUGUUGGGAGUUCUUUGUAUAGCUUUGGUAGGAGUAGUGAUUAUUACAAGAAGAAAAUUCACACAAGCCUCUCUUAUUCCAAUUACAUCUCACAGAGAAGAAGUGCAGUACAGUAGUAUUGAAUAAACUGCUUUCAUUUUUACAUUUUAUUAUGUCAUUUCACAAAUAAAGGAUCUCUUUUUGUUACGAA